AUGCACGAUGGCCUGAGGGGUAUCAAGCGGCCGCACUCGCCCGAAGCUCCCGAAAAGCCCGAGACUGUGGCACCUUGCGCAGCGCCCACAGCGCCGGAGACUACGGACCUAGGAAGCCACACACCGAUGGAGAAGGGUCAGCAGGUCCUGUUCUUCUACGAGUCUAAUGCUUCAGAUCCUGAAGCAGCCUUGGUGUGCUGUGGUACUCCCAAAAGCCGCGGCCCUGGUGGCUUUCACUUCGUGGGCUCACACAUGUGGUUGCAUGGCACCUUAGCACAAGCCUGCGAUCUCAGCAAGGUAGAUCAAGAGAGGCAGGAGACAUGGCCCAAGGUCAUGCCCAAGGCGGAAUACAGCUUUAUGACACGGAAGGGAACUCCAAAGCCGCAAAUGGCCACGCCCUUGUCAGUCCGAUGGGUUUGCCCAGCGAAGUCUGCCCCCUGCAAGCUGUCGCUGAUGUUUGUGCGAUGGGGUGGGGAAUAUUCCAAAUGGAUGGAUGAACAAGAGGCAAAUGAUGGGGAUUGGGGGAAGUAUGGUUCUCCACCCAGCGAUGAGUACAUGGGCCAUGUGGUGAAUGAGGGAAUCAAGGUGCAUCCCGGAUUGAGGGAUGAGCAUGGAAUGCCGCUCUUCGAGCUACACCAUGUCUUCCUGUCCAACUCCAAGGAUGCUUUCCUCAUCUCACAGCAGGCACACAUCAUUCGUGCUGGUUUGAAAGCUCAAAGGCGCGCGGCCUUUUGGAUGCUUUGGCCAGCUGAGUGGGAGGACUUUGGGGACCCGGAUUACGCUUGCUACAUUGAGAGGCAUUCCAUGUUCGCGGCGAUGCGAGCAUGUGAGGCCCUGGGCAUCCGGAGUCUUUUUCCUCAUCCAGCUGAUCAGUAUGAACUGAUUACAUCCAAAUCCUGGAUGGCCACGCUGUCCCUGCAUCCAGGUGCAUUUUUGCCAGCAGCCACCUUGGUGAGCAAAGGUAGCGUGAAGAUGGAUGCUGCGGCCGCGGCAGAAAGCGCCUUGCGAACCAUGCAUCACAUCAGGCGCAUGAAUCCGUAUCCAGUAGAUCCAGAAGACCCCCCAGCACCUUCAGCCAUCAAUCAGAAUGGCAUCCAGAAGGGUGUCGUGAAGCUUGGAUGGUCUUGGGAAAACCGUUUUGUGGUCACCUUCAAUAGCCCGAGCCAUCUUCAGGCACGGCUCAAAGAAAUGAUGAACCAACCUGGCUGUUUAGCAACCUACUGCAUCGUGCAAGAGUGGGUUGAUUUUGAUUUUGAGAUGCGGCUCUAUUUCCUGCCACCUCCCGAGUGGCCUGCGAAGCAUCCCAUCGAGCCAGAGAUGAUUCAAUGCAACGCCUGGGGUAAAUCGGAUGACACCAAAUCCGUGGGUGUUUCCCGCGCGAGUUUCUCCAAGCUCUCAGAGGAAAAGGUCUUGAGCCGAUGGGAAGGGGAUGUAGCCAAGGCCAUCGAGAUUUCCCAAUUCCUUCUCGCCUGGCUCCUCUCGGCCGAACAUCAACCCGUGCCCUCCAUGCGCUUGGAUUUCAUGGUGAAGCGGCUCCGGCCUGGCAAGGCCCGAGUGGUCUUCGGAGAAUACUGUGAGCAGGGCGCCUGCGUCUUGGGGUGGCAAGGGGGGUCCCCCAACCAUUUGGCGUGCCUGCUUGGAUGCGGCCCUCCGCGACAAGUGAGAGUGCAUGUUUGCUUGGGCGACAGCCGAACAACAGGGGGUCCCCCACCCACUGGCGUUUGGAGGCGCCGGACCAGCAAUCGUGCUAAAAAAGCUUCGGCAGUCAGAGUCCAGCAUGCAGCCUGA